AUGAAAUUUCGUUUCAAUUUCAAUCCAAAUCCAACUCAAAUCCAUCCAUGGCUUGCCUCUCCAUAAAAAUUACUCUCUCUCUAACGACUCGCUUCUGCAGUUAAGCAAACUAUCUGUGCCCUCUUGUCGGCAAACUCGCCGGGAAACAUAGUUUCUUCUAUCUCUCUCGAUUCCUUGAACCGAUCAUCGAAUCUAUUCGACGAUCACUUAUCUAUAUAUAUAUAUAUAUAUAAUAUUUAUUAAUCUUAAUUGUUGAUCUUCUUCGAUGGAUGAUUAUAUGAGUAGUGACGAAGAUUAUUAUUAUUCUGAUCAAGACUCGCUCGACGGACUGGAGAAUAAAGAGUCCGGUUCGCAAUGGGAUCCUACGACAGUUCCUUCCAGUAAGGUAAUCAUCACGAAAGAGUCUCUUCUGGUUGCACAGAGGGAGGAUUUGCAAAGAGUAGUGGACCUGCUUUCACUGAGAGAGCGCGACGCUCGGACUCUGCUAAUUCAUUACCAAUGGGAUGUUGAGAAGUUACUUGCAGUGCUUGUGGAGAAAGGGAAAGCUAGCUUGUUUGCUCAAGCUGGUGUUACUGACAUUGAGCAUCGUGAUCUUGAAUCACCACCUUCUUCUUCUAAAGUAAUGUGUGAUAUCUGCAUGGAGGACAUACCUGGCAGUGAGGUGACAAAAAUGGAUUGUGGCCACUGCUUUUGCAACAACUGUUGGACGGAGCAUUUUAUUGUGAAGAUAAAUGAAGGUCAAAGCAAGCGUAUUAGAUGCAUGGCCCACAAAUGUCAUGCUAUUUGUGAUGAAGCUAUUGUCCGAAAUCUAGUCAGUAAGAGGCACCCUCAUCUAGCAGAGAAAUUUGACCGUUUUCUUCUUGAGUCUUAUAUCGAGGACAAUAAAAUGGUUAAGUGGUGCCCAAGUGUUCCUCAUUGUGGCAAUGCAAUUCGCGUCGAUGAUGAAUUUUGUGAGGUUGAAUGUUCAUGUGGUCUGCAGUUCUGUUUCAGUUGCUUAUCUGAAGCACACUCUCCUUGCUCAUGUUUGAUGUGGGAGUUGUGGUCCAAGAAGUGUCGAGAUGAAUCAGAAACAAUUAAUUGGAUUACAGUCAAUACAAAGCCUUGUCCACAUUGUCACAAACCUGUGGAGAAGAAUGGUGGCUGCAACUCUGUGAGUUGCAUCUGUGGGCAAUCAUUUUGCUGGCUUUGUGCUGGGGCUACUGGCCGGGCUCAUACUUGGUCACAGAUCAGUGGUCAUAGUUGUGGUCGCUAUAAAGAAGACCGAAGCAAAAAGGCAGAGCGUGCGAAGCGUGAUCUCUACCGGUACAUGCACUAUCAUAAUCGUUACAAAGCUCAUAAAGAUUCCUUUAAGCUUGAAUCUAACCUAAAGGAUGCUAUUAAAUGGAAGGUGUCUGGUUUGGAAAAGAAAGGUUUGAUUGUUAAAGACUUCGGCUGGGUUACAGAUGGACUUUACAGGCUCUUUAGAUCAAGGCUGAUUCUAUCAUAUUCUUACCCAUUUGCAUAUUACAUGUUUGGUGAUGACUUGUUUAAGGAUGAGAUGACAAAUACGGAAAGGGAAAUAAAACAAAAUCUGUUUGAGGACCAGCAGCAACAGCUUGAGGCAAAUGUUGAGAGGCUGUCAAAGCUCAUAGAAGAGCCAUUUGAUGAGUAUGAUGGGGACAAAGUUUCGAAGAUGAGGGUGCAGAUCAUCAAUCUCUCUAAAAUAGUGGAUUUCCUCUGCCAGAAAACGUAUGAAUGCAUUGAGAAUGAUUUAUUGGGUUCUUUCCAAUUUGGUAACCACAAUAUAGCUCCAUACCAGUCAAGAGGCAUUGAGAGGGUAGCAGAACUUUCUGUCUGUUGGAGUACCGGAGCCAAUAAUACUGAGAAAUGUCCAGCUUAUACAAAUGGUAAUGUAUGCAGGAACAACAGAAUCUGAUCAACCCUCAGGCUCUGGGAGUUCCGAAGCUAAAUGCUCAUCACGGAAGCGAGCUAGAAAGGGAACCGGCGGUGUUUUUGACCUCAACGUGCCUCCAGAAGUGAUAGACUUGACUUGAAUCUAUAUAUAUAUAUAUAUAUGUAUUGGGUGGGGCUAGAUUGUUGUCAGUGUUGCUGGUCUGCUGGUUUCAUAUGCAAGUGUACAGCUCUCAACUUGAAAAGCAGUUCUCUGAAUUGAUAAUGGGUGGAGGCACCCAGAUGUUUUCCCAUUUCGUUUAAUUUUCUAUCUAAUGUAAUAGGUUCCUGAUAAGUGAUCCUUUAUGUGAAUGUGUUGGUCACACUUUAUCCAAUGAAUUUAUGUAGCCAAGAGCAAUGUUAUUCUAGUCCAUAAUUCAAAUCUUAAGACGCUAAUGUUUUUGGUCUCA